AUGACUAUACAACGACAAUACAACGACAGUACAACGACACUACAACGACAAUACAACGACUAUACAACGACUAUACAACGACUAAACAACGACAAUACAACGACAAUACAACAACAAUACAAUGACAAAACAACGACAAUACAACGACAAUACAACGACAAUACAACGACAAUACAACGACAAUACAACGACAAUAGAACAACAAUACAACGACAAUACAACGACAAUACAACGACAAUACAACGACAAUCCAACGACAAUCCAACGACAAUACAACGACAAUACAACGACAAUACAACGACUAUAAAACAACAAUACAACGACAAUACAACGACUAUACAACGACUAUACAACGACUAUACAACAACUAUACAACGACAAUACAACGACAAUACAACGACAAUACAACGACUAUACAACGACUAUACAACAACAAUACAACGACUAUACAACGACUAUACAACGACUAUACAACGACAAUACAACGACAAUACAACGACUAUACAACGACAAUACAACGACAAUACAACAACAAUACAACGACAAUACAACGACAAUACAACGACAAUACAACGACAAUACAACGACAAUACAACGACAAUACAACGACAAGACAACGACAACGACAACGACAAUACAACGACAAUACAACGACAAUACAACGACAAUACAACGACAAUACAACGACAAGACAACGACAAGACAACGACAAGACAACGACAAGACAACGACAAUGACAAUACAACAACAAUACAACGACAAUACAACAACAAUAUAAUGACAAUCAACGACAAUACAACGACAAUACAACGACAACGACAACAACAAUACAACGACAAUAGAAUGACAAUACAACGACAAUACAAUGACAAUACAACGACAAUACAACGACAAUACAACGACAACGACAAGGACAACGACAAUACAACGACAACGACAACGACAACGACAAUACAACGACAAUCCAACGACAAUACAACGACAAUACAACGACAAUACACUGACAAUACAACGACAAUACAACGACAACGACAACGACAAUGA